AUGGAGGACAUGGUGAACUUCAUGCUGAUCUUUCUGCAUAGCCUCGGUGUGAAUGAGCACUACUUUGUUUCCCUCCCUAUACUUGCAGUGUCUGAGGACACUAGCAAGAAACUGCUGGUCAGCAGACAGCUUGUCUAUUCGUCUGAUAAAAAUCUUAAAGAAACUGAGGAGCUGGCUAUGAUGAAAAAAGUAUUGGAACCCAAAUUAAUACAAGAAAACAACACUGCUGCUCUUCAGAACACUCAAAGAAAUGUAAAUUGUCUUGGAGAUGGCAAAAGAGAACCUAUUGAUCAGACUACUCAAAUGCAGAAAGAUGUUGCUUGCUCAUCUUGUGGUGAAGAGGAAAUUCCAGAAGUAGUCAUUGAUUCAGAAAGCAACAAAGCCAAUACAGGUAAUUCCAAACUAGAAACUGCAUCUGUGUUAGGAGAAGACUUAAUGAUGCUCUACAAGAAGUGCUGUUGUCCAGAUACUAGUAUUUGCAUAGAAGGCAAAGAUUUUCAAGCUCACAGGGCUAUUUUAUGUGCCAGAUCUAGUUACUUUGCUGCUAUGCUGAGUGGAAGUUGGGCUGAAAGCUCCCAAGAGCACAUCACUCUUCAAGGAAUAAGCCAUGCAGAAAUGAGUGUCAUCUUGCAUUUUAUAUAUGGAGGUAUUCUGGACUUCCCAGACAAAGUUGAUGCUGGCCGCAUGUUGGGCAUUGCAGAUAUGUAUGGGCUAGAUGGGCUGAAAGAAGUAGCUAUCUACGUUUUGAAAAGAGAUUACUGCAAUUUUUUCCAAAAGCCUGUUCCUGGAAAACAGCAACCUGUACUAGAAUGCAUGGCUAUUGCUCAUUCAUUGGGAGUGGAAAACCUGUAUGCUGCCUGCAUGAAAUGGGUAGGAAAACAUUUUGCAAAAUGUUUGUCAGAGAGAAGCUUUGCCAGUUUACCUACUGAACUUCAGAACAAAUGUCUUGUUAUGUUGAUUAACUCUUUGAACCACAAGAAUGCAGCUUCCUUUUUGAUGGAGAGUGACCGGCUGAUCAAUAGUCUUCCCCAAGUGAAAUGGACAGAGGCAGCUGUGGCCUUGGCAUCUAGGCUACAAGAAGAAUGUGUAAUGUUUAUUGUGGCAAACUUCCUGCAUGUAGUAAGAAGUGAAGGCUUCUCUGUUUUGUUGCAGGCGCAAGCAAUGAGCAGCAAACCUGACCUUCUAGAACUAAUUUUAAAUGCAGUUGAAAAAAGUAUUAAUAAUGAAAAUAGCUGCUUUCUUCUUGUAGCUGUGGAUACAUUGUUGGACUCCACAAAUGUCAAGGAGAUGGGUUUUACGUGCAGGAUCCAGGCUCUGCGUAGUAAGCUCUGGGUCUUCCUGGUUCAGUCUUUUUAUGCUGUUCGUCACACAGAAGGCUGGAAGCUGAUGAGGACAGACCAUCAACAGAAAAUACAAGCAGCUGCAUUUGACAAGGGUGAUGACCGAAGACUUGGCAAAAAACCUGUAUUCACUAGUUCUCAGCUAAAGAAAUCUAUUACUGAAACUACUGGUAUAAGGAAUACUUUCCAGACGGAACACAGCAAGAAAGAUUGCUGGGGAGAUUCUUCCACUAAUCAGGAUAAAAUGAAAUCUGAUGGAUUAGGAGCAUCUGGACAUACAUCAAGCACCAACAGAAGCACUGUUAAUAAGGCUGCAAAGCAUGAGGAUGUAAAGGGGAAAGAUGGCAAAAAAAUAGUUUCCAAGAUUGCGAAGGAUUCAAAACCUGGUGAAAAAGCUGCAUCACCAAAGGCUAGAGCUGUUAUAAAGACAAAACCAGAAAAUAACGGACAUGUGAAGGUUGAAAGCUUGCUUACCAAGCAAGAUAUAGAGAAGACAUCACCUUCAAGUGGACAAAAAAAUUCAGGAAGUGGCAAAGGACUAAAGAACCAUGAAGGAAAAAUUGCAGGUGCCAGACCUAAAGUGCUGACAGUAACCUCAACUGUGCAGAUCAAAACAAAACCAUUGAAAAAAAACACAGGGAAGGAAUCUCCCUCCUUAGUGACUGUGGCAGGAACUUCCAGCAAGUUAGCAAACUCAGGCAUAGAUAUCCAGCCUGCCAGUGAACAGACAGAGGAAGCCAAAGAGGAUAAACUAGUAGAGGAAGGGAAAAAACAGACUGUGAAAACAAAGUCAUCUGUGAAGACAUCAAAUGGGAUCACCAACAAAAAAAGGACUGAGCUUGAGGCUAAUAUCACAACAAGCAGUGUAACAAAAAAAUCAACUGGAAAAGGAUGUAAUGAACAAAAUGCACAAGCUGUUACAAAGAAAAAAGGGAAUGUGAGUAGCAAUUCUGCAGCACAGCAAAAGGCUCAAAACACACCUACCAAUUCUCCCAAGAAUCAAGGACCUCAAGGGGAAUCACCAAAUUCCCUGAAAUCAGGCAUGUCUCCAAAACAUAACGAAGAAAAAAAUGUGUUACAACAUCUGGUUCAGACAACGUUACCAGAAAAACAUCCUUCAGCCAAGAAGAAGAGCAUUAAGCAGCCACAAACACCUGUAGCAAAAGUAACUGCAAAAAUAACACCUAAAACUCCAUCAAAGCACACUGAGAUUAUGAAUAGUAAAGACUCAAAACUGAAAACACCAGGACAACCUGUAUUAAAAUCUCAGUCAUCUGCCCAAAAACAUUCAAGGAGUGAAUCUCCUGUUGUCCAGAAGAAUGCACAUGCCUCUGAGCGGAGAAGUUCAGGACAGAAAGUGGAAAAAAACAUGGGUGAUGCUGUGGCAGGUCAGCCUCAUGACAAUAAUCAAUACUAUUCUCCAAAGCAAAACGAAUCUUUAAAAUCUGUGAUGGAAAGUAGCAAUGAAGAUAAACUGCUGGCAUCUUGUCAACCCAAUAAACAAAAACUAUCAGAUCCUUCUGAAAAUGUGGAAUGCAAAAUAAAAUCUGAAUCUUCUCUAAUUACAAAAGAGACUGUUUCUAAACUGCACAGUUCACUGCAAAAUGAAAUGGAAGCAAAACAAAUCUGUGGUGAUCAGACUGGAAUUAAAAAUAUUGAAGAGACAGAGAAAGAUGGUAAUACAGCUGCAUUUCACUGCCAUGCACAGUCUUCCAGUGAUGGAUAUUCUGACUUUACCAAGGAAUCCAAUCAAGAGGCUACUGCUUCAGAACUGGUGAAACAUUCAAAAGCAGAAGUCUGUACUGACCAAAGUGGUAAAUUAAACUGUGAAACAGGUCUUAACUACAGCAAAAAUGCUUUGCCAAACUUUUCCCAAAUGAUUACUGAUAAAGAGGAUGAGAUGUCAUCACCUCAGAGUCAUAUGGAGGGGUUUCUUACAGCUGCUGAGCUGACUGAAUACAAAUCAGUUACAGCAGAUUUAGAUGAUGUUUCAGAAUGCUCCACAGAACAAAUAACAGAAAAAUAUUCACCUAGUUACACAGAGCCUAUAGAUCCUACAGAAAUGCCUGAAAACCAUGAAAAUGCAGAAAUUCCCUUUGUGGAUCACUGGAAUACUGCUGCACUAGACCCAAAAGAGAGUCCUGAAUCAGAUACUGGCAGUGCAACGACAUCCUCUGAUGAUAUAAAACCAAGAUCAGAAGAUUAUGAUGCUGGAGGCUCUCAGGAUGAUGAAGGAUCCAAUGAAAGAGGGAUUUCUAAAUGCAGCACGAUGUUAUGCCAUGAUUUUCUUGGAAGAAGCAGCAGUGACACAAGUACACCUGAGGAAUUAAAAAUUUAUGACAGCAGCCUAAAAAUAGAAGUGAAAAUGAAAAAAGAGGGUUCUGAUCUCUUCCGUGUUAAUUCAACGAGUGAUGAUGAAAUACCAAGAAAAAGACCUGAAAUUUGGUCUCAUCAAGGAAGUGCAAGGACCAAUACUAGAGAAAGCAAAUGUUCUACUUUUGGCAAUUCACAGUUUACUCAGGAAACAGACCAAGUUUCUUCUUCUGCUGAUGAAACAGAAGAUGACAGAUCUGAAGCAGAUAAUGUUGCAGAAAACUUUACUGUAUCAAAUGCUCCUACUCAACAGUUCCAAGGAAUUGAUAAUUUGGCUUUUGAGGAUGCAACAGAAAAUGAUGCAAGUCAAGGGUUUACUAAAAGUAAAAAUUUCAAACGAACUGUUUUACUUUCAGUAGAUGAAUGUGAAGAAUUGGGAUCUGACGAUAGAGCAGAAACUCAUACUUCACGACAGCGUUCAAUAGAUUCCCUUACUCCUUCAGAAGUAUUUGACAGUGUUUCUCAAGAGCAUCAUGAAAAACCUUUUUAUUCAAGAUACUCACUGGAAAUGGAAGAUGGGUUUCUGGAUUGCAAACAGCAAAAGGACAGAGACAAUAGAUUGGAUAAAAGUGGAAGUUCUCUCCUACACCUUCAUGACACUGAAAUUGCAGGGGAAGAGAAUCAAGAUGCUUCAAUGACUGAAAAAAAUUGUCCAGAGAAAGUAUAUUCAGCAGCUACUCUGUGUCCAGGGGAAAAACAAAAAGUAAAUAAGAAUGAGAUGGCUAAUGAAUUUCACCAGUGCAAUAAGUACUUAGACAGUGAUGCAAAAUCUCAAGAAAGACCAUGUCAUUUGGAUCUUCAUCAGAGAGAAACUACUUCUGAUGUGCAAAAGAGCAGCUCUGCAAAACCUGUAGAAGCCAGUAAGAAUCAGAUACUGACUCAGGAAGGUCAAGUGAGAGACAGUCAACCAGCAACUACUGAAUGCGCUAAUACUGAUUUACUUCCAGGAGACAUAGAUGAUUAUGACACAAUGGCACAAACCUGCAUGUAUGAACAUCGGCCUUCAAAAACCCUUUCUCCAAUAUACGAGAUGGAUGUUGGAGAAGCAAUUGAGCAGAGGAUGGAUUCAGAAACAGCAGUUCUAGAUGUGGAUUUUGAAGAUCAGCAGUUUGCAGAACAGGACUGGACUCUUCUCAGGCAAUUGUUAUCUGAGCAGGACUCAAAUAUAGGUUUCAAAAACUCUGUUCCUGAAGACCUUAACUUAGCACAAUGUCUUAUCAAUCAGACACUGUUUCUGGCACGAGAUGGUUCGAAUCCUCAGGGUACAUCACAAAUUGACACAUUCAGUAGGUGGACUGAACUCAUGUCUCCACUUGAUGAUUCUUCAGCAAGCAUUACAGUGGCAAGCUUUUCAUCUGAAGACUGUUCAUCCCCUCAUGGGGAGUGGACAAUUCUUGAACUGGAAACCCAUCAUUAA